UUUUAGGAUUAUUUCUAGAAACUACGUGUCGUGUUGUAGGAUGUUCUAAUUAUUGUUAGUGUAUAGAGAUGGUAUAUUUAACAUUUUGACAUUGAAAUGAGUGAAUGUGAUUUGACUUUCCUUUAAUACGGACCUUGUGCACGUUAAUUUCCUUAUAUGGACAUUUAAACUACACGAAAUCAUAUUGAUAUGCCAACGUCUCUGGAAACAGUUUAUUAUUAGUAGUAGUAGUAGUAUUAUACUACUCAGUACGUUUUCAAGUUAAUGUCAAUUGGAUACAAUAUUAAUAUUAAUAAACUAUUAAUUAAUUAAGUUCUGCAGCUCGAGGUAUACAACUUUAUUGACGAUGCGCGCGAGGGCGAAGUUUUGCUAUCAUGAUUAGCCUGUGAGCUUCUGGUGAGGGAAUAUCUGACCGUUAGCAGCUUUAAAAAAUCGAUAAUUAACGGCAUUAAAUAAUAAUUGAGCGCCGUUUAUAAUUUUAGACCAUAAUGGAUGAUCAGUCCGAUUUGGACAACCUUUUGCUGCAGUUAGCUUUAGAGACUCGAGAAUUAGCCCAGAAGAAGGUGGACCUGACACAACAAAUUCAAAUUUGUAAAGAGGACAUACAAGAAAAGAAGAAAUGCAUCGAGGAAACUCAUAAGACAAUAAAGAAACUAGAAGAGGACAUUCAGCGAAAACAAAACACCGUCAAAUGCUACAAAGGAAAUGUGAAAAGUCUUCGUGGAACAAGCGAUCUUCUUCUUCAAUGUGAGAAGAUGCUGGAGGCUGAGCUUGAAAGGAGGAAGGAAAGCUGUAAUGAAGACAUGAAGACAUUUCAGGAAAGAAUGGAAAACUACUGGAAAAUAUUUCAGCAGUAUAAAGAGGAGUAUUUGCAGAAUCCUCUAGCCACAAAGCUCCUAAAGAUUCAGGCUGAGAAUGAAGAAAUUGAGAAAAGAAUCCGAGCCAAAGAAGAGGAAAUAAUUGCAAAAGAAAAAGAGUUGAAAGCUCUGCAAGUGGACCAUGAGACGUGUGACAGUGUUCAGAAACAUCUUGAAUCAACUGAACAACAAGCGCCGCCAUCUGAGAGUGACACUCAGUCUGAAGUAGAUAUGGCAUCUCAUCAAGAUUCUCAACUACAGGAUACCGAAACAGAGCAAGAGGAUGUUCACAUAGAGAUGGAUGAGAAGGAUUUGGAGAAUAAUCAGGACCAAGCAGAUGGUGGUGAUGAGUCAAAUUCAUCUGAAGUGGGUGUAAUUGGUAGCACAGUAUGGACAAACUCAGAAAUAAGAGGUGAACAAAGUCAAGAAGCAGACCAGAAUGAACAAGAACACACAGUUGAAGUGGAUUUGAAUAUGAACACCUCCUGUGGGUCUGAUGCACUGGAGGAGAUGAUGGAGGCUGAGGAGCAGCAGGAAAGUGCUGAAGCUACUGUGGAGGAGGAUGUUAACGAGGGAGCAGUGUGUGCCCCAUCAACCCCCAUCCCCCGUCCAUUCUGUCUAAGCAGCCCCAGUACAUCUCAAGGUGGCCAGGAGGGCAGAGAAACACCAGUGUUCGUUUUCUCCAUGAACUCUGGACCAAACAGUCCCACAUUCUCAGACUUCAACUGCAACUUCGAAGUUGAGCGGAGCCAAAAUGAGGCAUCACCUUUUAUCUUCUCCAGCCUUUAUUUCAGCAAGAAGUCACCUGAAAUAGGGCUGCCAGGAUUUCUGUUUGAUGAAUCAGAGAGUCGUACAGAAGAAGAAUUUGCUUUUUCUUUCAGCUCUAAGAGCCCUCAGCCCAAGGAGUCAGGAGAGACUGGAGAUGCUUUCCCUUUCUCCUUCAGCUUUGGGAAGUUUUAACGGUUUUUUUUUUGUUGGUUUUUUUUUGGUAAGCAGUUAGUUUUUAGUACUUCAUGUCAGAUUCUGACAAACACUUGAAAGAAAUGUUUACAGUUUAAUAGUAUUGUAUUUGUAAUGUUCAGUUAAGGUGAAUGAAUGCUGAAAAUACAAUUAAUCACAAAACAAAAUUUCACAUAACUUCUGUUUGAUGUCAUGAAAAACACCCCUAGGUUUAAAAUGCCUUGGUAUUAAAAACAUAUAUUUAUAAUCUACUGGUAUGUUACAGCUUAAUUUAAAAGUUUGAUGUGUUUUCUUGCUCUGAACAUAAGCUGUUCAGAUGUCUAUAAAAUAAUUUAUCAACAAUGUCAGGACUUUGUUUCAUUUAUGACAUUCAGUUCACAUUUAAGUUUCAGUUUUUCCAUUACUUUAUACAAAGGAGUGUUAAAAUGUGUUUUCCAAAAACAGGUGGAAAGCCAGUUUAGAUGUUUUUGGUACAUGCCAACUGUAAAA